AUGUCCACGCACGUUUCGAGCAGUUUGAUGGAAGAGGCACGCGAUGCUCGGACAACGAAGCUCAAGCGGGAAUGUGAAGAAGAAGACAAGUUUGUAUUGGUAUACACCUUGCUGAAGUUGAGGUUAAUACGUGGAAAAUCCAUCAUCUUUGUGAAUUCAGUUGACAGAUGUUAUAGGUUAAAGUUAUUCUUAGAGCAGUUUGGAAUUCCUUCCUGUGCUCUAAACUCAGAGCUCCCAGUCAAUUCGAGGUGCCACAUUGUCAACCAGUUUAAUGAAGGACUAUAUGAUAUCAUCAUUGCUUCUGAUGAGACAGCCUUAGAAACCCCAACAGAAACCAAAGAUGAAAAAACAAAACAGAAAAAAGUGCGUAAAAAAGAUAAGGAAUAUGGUGUGUCCAGGGGAAUAGACUUUCAGAAUGUGUCCAAUGUUAUCAACUUUGACUUCCCAGCUAAUGUAGAUGCCUACAUUCACAGAGUAGGAAGGACUGCCAGGGCUGACAACCAAGGCACAGCACUGUCCUUUAUCAGCGUGAAAGAAAUGCCAUUGUUAGAGCAUUGUGAGGAGGAACUAGCAGACUCACAUCCUGAGGAAGAGACAUUGUUCAAGCCCUUUCAGUUCAGGAUGGAGGAGAUUGAGGGGUUUAGGUAUAGAGCAAAGGAUGCCAUGAGAGCUGUGACUAAGGUUGCUGUAAGAGAGGCAAGACUGAAGGAAAUUAAGUCAGAAAUACUAAAUUCUCAGAAGUUGAAGUCAUAUUUUGAAGAUAAUCCACGUGAUCUGCAGCUUUUAAGGCAUGACAAAAGUCUACAUACAGUAAAGACACAGCAACACUUGAAGAACGUGCCAGACUAUCUGGUCCCACCAACUCUUAGGCACAUGAAGAGUGGGGGAAGAAGGGCCAGAACUAACAAGCAAUUCCAUAAAGGGCCCACAAGGGGAGAAAUGAAAUACAAGAAAAGGAAAGCAGAUCCACUGAAGAGCUUUGAAUAUGCAGGGCUUUUAAAGAAGAAGAAAAAGAAGUGAUUUUCAGUAACAUCACAGAAAGGACUAAAUCUGUGCAAUUUCAUUUGCAGAAAAUACUGCAGUGUAAUGUGGAAAAUUUUUCCUCUUGUAAAAUAAUGUAAAUAUGUAUUUAUUGAUAAUAUAAACAACAAGGAAAAGCAAUGAAGAUACUGAAAAAUAUGUCAAGUUUAUUUAAUUCAACUUCAAGAGAAAUAUACAUGUACAAUAAACACAAAAUACCCAGGGACUGUUUUUAACAUGAUAUCUAUUCUUUAUUACUCCUUAUUUCAAAUUGUUUAUUGAAGGAAUAAAAGAUUAUAUACCAAGUAUAAACUGUUAACAACUGAGAAAAUGAUGCAGGGGACUUAGUAUGGUAUUCUGAUUUUUCUAAGAAGGGAUAUGUCCUGUGGCCUGAGUGUUGUAUGCCAGAAAACCUUGGGUGUCUGCAAGGGGUCUUAAGGCACAUAUCAGUACAGAGUGUAUUAUUUUACAUAUAUACCAAGAGAAUGUAGUUACAAUUCACCGAAAGACCCCCUAAAACUAAGGAAAGCAUAUAUCCCCCACAGUCACAUAACAUCUCUAAGUGUGUCACGUAAAUUAUUACCUCUUAAUUCUGUAAGUACCAGGCUUUCUAUCCAAGUACUAUUGUGACAGGAUUUUAAAAAUUACUUUAAUAGAUACCAACAUAAAAUCCAUCAGCAUGAAAUGCAAUGUUUGUAGCAAAAUUCUUAAGGACAAAAGGCACAUUGUGUUACAUAAAACACUUUGUUGAGUAUAUCCACACCAAAAGGGAGCAUUUUGGAAUCUGGUCAUUUACUGGGAAGUUUAGGGCAUAUAUCUGAUGAAAAUGGUUUCUGAAUUUUGUGAAAUCCCUAUCACAGCUUCACCAUGCACAAAACAACAAUCAGGAUACAGACAGUGAAAGUAAGUUUUCAUUUGAAACUUUAUUUAACCAUAUGUUUAUUCAAAUGCAUAUCUUGAUUUCCAGCUCUUUCCAUUUUGAGAGAAGCUUGGACCUAAAUAUAAUCAUUUGAAUAAUAGAUGGUUUGAUACAUGUUCUAAGCCAAUUAACUGGGAACCAUUUGCAAGCUUAUGAGUGAUUAAGAAUUAAUGGCUUAAACAUAAACAAAAUGGCCAUUUAACCAUACUUUUUGUAAUGCCCCCUUCUCAACUUCUCAUGCCCCCUUUUUGCCAGAUUAGGGGGGCAUAUGCCCCAU